AUGAAAAUUCCCAAUCCAAGGGUUUAUUUAGAUAUUGCCAUAGGGGGGAGGAACGCAGGACGGUUGAUUUUUGAGCUAUUCAUGGACAAGUUACCUAUAACAUGUGAAAAUUUUCGUUGCCUUUGUACGGGAGAAACAGGUUUAGGCUAUUAUUUAAAACCACGAUGGUAUAAAAACUCUCCCAUCCAUAGAAUCGUUACUAAUUUUAUGUUUCAAGGAGGAGAUUUUAAUUUUGGAAAUGGAUAUGGUGGAGAAUCAAUAUAUGGACAGUACUUUAGAAAUGAAAAGUUUAUUUACAAACAUUCAAAAAGGGGAAUUUUAUCCAUGUGUCAGACUAGAAUAAAACAUACAAAUAAUUCUCAAUUUUUUGUAACAUUUAAGAGUUGCCCCUGGUUAGAUAAAAAACAUGUUGUUUUUGGACAUCUUGAAUAUGGGUUUGAUACUCUUUCUUUUAUUGAGGAACAAUCUACUUUAAUUGGGAAGCCGAAGAAGCAAGUUUAUAUAUACAGCUGCGGAGUAAUUCCAUUAGAUAGAAUCAAACACAAGUCCCGUACGAACUCGGAUGAUGAUUACAUUAUACCAGCGGAUAUAGAAAUGCCGUUGUUAGAGAAGGAUAUAAGUUUUAAUGAAAAUCCGGAUUUUAUGGAAUUAAAAAAAAUAUAUAAAUGCAGCAAAAGUUUUUAA